AUGCAAGUAAGCAAACUUCUUGUGGUGGUGUCAGAGCUUCUAAAGAACAUGGCAAAUAUUGCUUUGCAGCGUUUAGGUCAAGAAAUCACUUGCUUAACGCAUUGGUUCCCGUUCUCGCGAGCUUAUCGCAUCAACGCAGUAAAUUUGACAAAUAUUGAUCGAUAUAGCUGGCAGAUUGAGUGGAAUAUUGGACGUAUCGACAUCGUUUAA